GCACCCCGCCAUUCAUUCCCAAAACCCCUCCCUGACUCUAAUUCUCGCUUUCCCGCAUUCUCCUCCCCCCAACAUCCACAUCUCUCCUCCCUUCGAACAAACUCUGCAUAUUUCCCUCCGAGUCCACUUACAUUCAAGUUCAACACCAUGGCGGCAGCUAUUAAGGAAACCGUAUCCAAUCUGCUCCAUGGCCAUUCCGAAAACACCCCUCGCCAGCCUUCCCCUGAAGAGUUCCAGCAACUACAACAGAAAUAUACUGCUGCCGGGCAAGGACAUGUUUUCAAAUUCGCCGAUCAAUUAAACCAGGUCGAGAAGGCUCAACUCUUCCAUCAGUUGAGCAACUUCGACCCCAACCGGAUCAAUGAACUGGCCGACAAGGUUCUUAACCCCGCCAAAGCUCAGGAUGGCCCCGUUACCCUCGAACCCCUCCCUGAAGUGGCCACUGCCUCUAUCAUGGACUCGGACCCGAAGGACAUCCAGCGGUGGUACGAUGAAGGUCUCCAGGCGGUGUCGGAGAACAAGGUCGCGGUGGUCCUGAUGGCUGGUGGACAGGGUACCCGUUUGGGAAGCUCUGCACCCAAGGGCUGCUUCGAUAUUGGUCUACCCAGUCAGAAGUCCCUCUUCCAGAUCCAGGCAGAGCGUAUUGCCAAGCUCCAGCUCCUGGCGCAAGGAACUUCCGGCAAGGAAGCCAUCAUCCCCUGGUAUGUCAUGACCAGUGGACCUACCCGCAAGCCCACGGAAGAGUUCUUCGAGCAGCACAAGUAUUUUGGACUGGACAAGAAGAACGUCGUCAUCUUCGAGCAGGGUGUCCUGCCCUGCAUUUCUAAUGAGGGUAAGAUUUUGUUGGAGACCAAGUCUAAGGCUGCUGUUGCCCCUGACGGAAAUGGUGGAAUCUACCAAGCCCUCAUUACCUCUGGUGUGCGCGAAGACAUGCGGAAGCGUGGUAUCGAACACAUUCACACUUACUGCGUCGACAACUGCCUAGUCAAGGUUGCCGACCCCGUCUUCAUUGGUUUCGCCGCUUCCAAGAAGGUUGAUAUCGCUACUAAGGUGGUCCGUAAGCGCAAUGCUACCGAGUCGGUUGGUUUGAUCCUUCAGAAGAAUGGCAAGCCUGAUGUAGUUGAAUACUCCGAAAUCGACAAGGAGACGGCUGAGGCUAAGGACCCCAAGCAACCUGAUGUGCUGAAGUUCCGCGCUGCCAACAUCGUCAACCACUACUAUUCCUUCCGCUUCUUUGAGUCUAUCGAGACUUGGUCCCACAAGCUGCCUCACCACGUUGCUCGCAAGAAGAUUCCUUGCGUGAACAUUGAGACCGGCGAGGGUUUCAAACCUGAAAAGCCCAACGGUAUCAAGUUGGAGCAAUUUGUCUUCGAUGUCUUCCCGUUGACCCCUCUGGAGAAGUUUGCAUCUAUCGAGGUACGCCGCGAGGAUGAGUUCUCGCCGCUGAAGAAUGCUAGGGGCACUGGUGAAGAUGACCCUGACACUAGCAAACGCGACAUCAUGAACCAGGGACAGCGCUGGAUUGAGAAGGCCGGCGGAGUUGUUGUCACCGAAGGCGAGGCCGUUGGGGUUGAGGUCUCCCCGCUGAUCAGCUAUGGUGGUGAGGGGCUUGAGUUCCUCAAGGGCCGUGAGAUUAAGGCUCCAGCGGUGAUUGAGAAGGAAGAGUAA